AUGACCGUUACCUUGGUCGAUCUCGUCAAGUCGCUCGCCGAUCCCAGCUUUAACCCAAGCCGGCUCACCAUCUCUCAGCUGUCGUCCAUCCUCUCUCAGUUCGACGUUCCUCUGCCAGCAACAAAGGCAAAGAAGGACACCUAUCUCGAGCUCUUUCACCAGUACGACAUUAUCCACAAAGCCCGCAUCCGCAUCGAGACAAUGGCCUGCAUGACGCCCUCCACCGCCGGCAUCACCAUCGUCAGCGGCGACGGGCAAGAGUUUACCCUGCGGCCCUCGCUGUCGCCUUCCGAGAUAUUUGGAGAGCGGGAGAGUGGCCUCGACAAGUUCUCCGACAGCCAGAAGCGGCUCCUCAGCCAGCAUGUCCCUCGAUCCAACAAACCCGCUGCGGCAUCAGCAGCAUCAGCAGCAAAUCCCAGGGUCGCUUCGGAGAGCACCUCGCCCGCCCCGGCCCCAUCCAAGCCCGUCUCAGGCACUUCACGGUCUUUUCCUGCCGUCCGGAUCGUCUCCGACAUGGCUUCGGGCGAUAGCAACGACCACCUGAUCCGGCCGCACCAGUCCGAGCCUCACACAUCCGUUGGGACGCCAGGCCCCCGGAUCUCGAUCGACACUCGUUCACCGACCUUUGCGGUCGAGCAAGAGAUGCGGAACGAGGAGUUCCGGCGGAUGAACAAGGAGAGCCCCAAUGUCAACAGCCUGAUGGUCUCGUUGCGCCACGUCCACAGCGACGGGCAGGUCGACGACUUUGAGAUCCUCGAGCGGGAUCUGCCACAGUACUCGACCGACGGAUCGUCGACGCGGUUCAUGGCCACGGCUUCAUCCUCGGUGGCAUCGUCGGUACGUCUCCAUGCCUCCUGGGGCGAAGGCCCGGACCAGGAUACAUCACCAUGGACGGCCCACGGCGAGCCUGCCGCAUCCAGUAGCGACCCUCGGAUACAUGCCAAGCCAUAUUAUCAAGAGCGACACUCGAUACCGCCGGCCAAGGACCGUCGCUCGCGGGCCACCGCCAAUGCGCAUGUGUCCUAUCACGAACAAGAUCCUCCCGCCAAGGGGCACCACGGUGCGACAGUGCCGCCGCCCUAUUUGCCCACACCAUCGCCAAGCACCCUCGUCGAGGACAUUGCUCAGGACGCCGCGCGGAUAUCAAAGUCGAAACCGGGCGUGCGGGCCAGCGACAGCUCCGCCAGGACGGGCCACACCCUUGCCUCCAACAGCCCGGCCCCAUCCUCAGGCUCGGACGGCGAGGAGGACGAGUCGUCGCCGUCGGCCGGUCCGCCCAGCGCCCAUGCGUCGUCGUGGCACUUCAAGCUCAAGCGCGACACUUUCGGCCCGAGCACCCAGGCCUUCCAGGCCCUCCAUACCCUCCAUGAGGCCGACUCAAAUCGACACUCCCCAAAGGCAGCCAAGACACGAUCUCACCUGGCACCCGAGAUACCCAAGUCCAAGCCCACGCCUGCAUCCGUACCCGUGCCCGAACCCGCCCCGGUGCAGUCCGACAAGUGUCGGAGGGCCAAGCCUGGUAAGCUUGUCGAGCCGGACUCUGUCGACAGCCAGCCGCGCAUCACCCCGCUCCCACCGCCAAUGCGUCCUCUGUUUGUCCACUCGACCCCAGAACACGACGACGACGACACCAUCUACGACUCGGACGACAUUUCCUUCUCCAGCGAGAAUGUGUUUCAGUCGGGCGCAAAGCCCGCGGCCCGCGUGGAUGGCGCCGGUCGCUCCCAUACCCCCCUCAAGAAGAGCCGCCCGCAAGAAAGCUCCGUUCACCAUACCCCUACGCCUAGUAGCAGCAGCAAUCAUGGAAGCAACUCUGGCACACACGCCGGCCCGGUCCAUGUCAUUGCCCACACCCGAGCUAACAUUAAUGCCGGCUCGAGCCCAAGUACCGGCGCCAGCACCCAUUGCGGAGCCUACCCCGGAACCAGCCAGGGCAGCUCGUCGACCUCCAAGAGCCACUCGCAGCCUGCGGGGUCGCCCGUGCCAUCGGAACGACCACGGCCACAACCAGCUCCACUCGAGGCUCCAAAACCUGGAUUUCUCUCGCCAUGGCCCGUCAAACAGCCUGCGACCAGCGCUGCGACAACAAGGUCUCCUCUCGCCAGCCCUCAGCUUCCGUCGGUCGCUCCCGUCGCUGCCUUCUCGACCACGACUCAGCCCCCGACACCGAAAAGGCCAGUCGCAGCCCGAUGUGAUACCUCUCCCCAGACCGAAUGCGAGCCCAACCAAAGCCCCCGCAUAUCGCCGCAGUCCACCCAGGUCUUUAUCGAGAAAUGGGACGGCAAUCCUCGCCAGCGACGACGGGGCCCCAUCCUGAGUCCCAGCUACUCGCUCGGUCGGCUCUCGGACUUGCUUGGAUCGACCAAACGGCCACCGGUCUUGGCAGGCCGGUCGUCCUCGUGUCUGGAACAAUCCGUCAAGUUCGGGGUUGCGCUGAUGCUUGUUGCUGUGCUGGGAUCUGCGCUGGGGCUGUACUUUUUGCGCGACCCGCUGAUGCACUACUGCCCAUCCGGGUCGGUGCAAGAGUCCAACUGCAUGCCCUGUCCCAAAUUCGCCCACUGCAGCGGCGGCUUGGUCCGGAGCUGCCAGGGCUUGGAGUCGUCGGGCCGGCGGCCUGCCUCGCAACUGCAUGUCCAGGCGAUCCAUCGGUCGUGGGUCCGGAGUCUGUUCUACCCGAACUUUGUCGAAUAUGCCUGCGUUCCGAACCAGCAUGACUCGCCGUCGUCCUCGUCGUCCUCGUCGUCAUCAUCGUCCUCGUCGUCCUCGUCGUCAUCGUCGCCUACGCAAGAGCUCGUGCUGGGCUGGACGCGCAUCUCAACCGCAUGGAUCCUGAACCUGAACGCCGCGACCGUGGCAGCGGCCCUGGGCACUGUCUUCGUGGUUGCAGCCAUGUCCAUACGCUACCAGCAGUACCACCGGAAUCAGCGGCACCAAGAAGAGCUGCAGGUGAUCAAGCGCAUGAUCGGCUUGAUCAUGACCCACCUCAAGAACGAGCGCGACCGCGGCAGCGCCGAGGGGCUCAAUCCCGACUCGCUCUUCAAGACCUUGAUGGGGUCGAUGCUGGCGUCAGAGCUCGAUCAGCACCCAAAGACGCACACCCGCCUCUGGAAGAUCAUCAAGAUGGAGCUGAUUGAGCGGCACGGCGUCGAAGAGAUUAUCGUCGUUCGGGACAGUGGAAACACUGUGUGCGUACACUGGACGCUGAAGCGGCCGUGA